GAAUCAGCUGUAUUUAGACGUAUGUUCCCAUAUCCCCUCCCUCCCACAACUCCUUCCCACCCUCCCCAUCCCACCCCUCUAAGUCAUCACCCAUCCUCGAGCUGAUCUCCCUGUGCUCUGCAGCAGCGUUCCACGAGCCAUCUAGUUUGCAUUUGGUGGUGCAUAUAUGUCAGUGCCACUCCCCUUUGGUUUAAACAUUCUGUAAUUCUAACUCCACCCCGGGGCCGCCAGCCCCACCCAUCUUGCACAUUCAAACCACCAACGGCAACAGGCAGAGAGAGAGAGAGAGAAAGAUGGGCGCCCAUCAGCAGAAGUGAAGCACCGGCCUCCCCAGAGCCUUCUAAUAGUAGAUUAAGAAUGACCCAGAAGAAAUCACAGCUUUGUUGCAGAGCCAAUGUUUAUACGCAAGUGCCUGAUGGAGGCUGGGGCUGGGCAGUAGCGGUUUCCUUUUUCUUCGUUGAAGUCUUCACCUAUGGCAUCAUCAAGUCGUUUGGUGUCUUCUUCAAUGACUUAAUGGACAGUUUUGACGAAUCCAACAGCAGGAUCUCGUGGAUAAUAUCCAUCUGUGUGUUUGUCUUAACGUUUACAGCGCCUCUCUCCACUGUGCUGAGCACCCGGUUCGGACACCGCCUGGUGGUGGUGCUGGGUGGCCUGCUGGUCAGCGCGGGCAUGGUGGCCGCCUCCUUCUCGCGGAAGGUCUACCACAUGUACAUCUCCAUCGGCGUCGUCUCCGGUCUGGGAUACUGCUUUAGCUUCCUCCCCACAGUCACCAUUCUGUCGCAAUACUUUGACAAAAGACGCUCCGUGGUCACGGCUGUGGCUUCUACGGGAGAAUGUUUCGCCAUGUUUGCUUUUGCACCAGCCAUCACGGCCCUGAAGGAGAGCAUCGGCUGGAGGUCCAGCCUCCUCUUCGUGGGCCUCCUGCAGCUCAACCUGGUGGUCUGCGGCGUGCUGCUGAGACCCAUCGUCAUCCGAGGCCCGGGGACCCCCGAGACCCCCAGCCACGAGACCCGGGGGGAGCACUGCAUGCUGGAGAACGAGAAGACCCGCACCUCGAUAGACUCCAUUGACUCCGGCGUGGAACUGACUACCUCCCCCAAGAACGUGCCUGGCCACGCGGCCGCCGAGCUGGAGCCCGGGGCCGACCUGCAGCAGAUCCUGGGCCAGGCCGCCUCCACGCCCGGCCGCCCCGAGGCCCCGCUGCUGGACUUUUCCGUCUUGAAGGAGAAGAGUUUCAUCUGUUACGCGCUCUUCGGGCUCUUCGUGACCCUGGGGUUCUUCGCCCCGUCCUUGUAUAUCAUUCCCUUGGGCCUCAGCCUGGGCCUGGACCGGGACCGCGCUGCCCUCCUGUUAUCCGCGAUGGCCGUCGCCGAGGUGUUCGGGCGGAUUGGGGCCGGGCUGGUCCUGAACAGGGAGCCCAUCCGCAAGGUCUACGUCGAGCUCGUCUGCGUCGUCCUGCUCACCGCGUCCCUGUUCGCCUUCACCUUCGCCACCGAGUUCUGGGGUCUCGUGGCCUGUAGCGUGUUUUCCGGGAUCAUGGUGGGGACGGUGGCGGGGACCCACAUCCCGCUGCUCGCGGAGGACGACAUCGUGGGAAUCGAGAAGAUGUCCUCGGCGGCGGGCGUCUAUGUCUUCUUCCAGAGCAUCGCGGGGCUGGCUGGACCGCCCCUCGCGGGGCUGCUGGUGGACCAGAGCAAGAUCUACAGCAGAGCCUUCUACUCCUGCGCAGCCGGGAUGCUCGUGGCCGCCGUGUGCCUCGCCCUCGUGAGACCCUGUAAGAGGGGGCGGUGCCGCCAUCCCCGCGCCCGGGUCAGGAAGGCUGAGGGUCACCGUGGGAAAGCGUUACAAGACAUCCCAGAAGACUUUCUCGAAAUGGACCUGGGGAAGAUGGAGCACAGAGCUCCUACGAAAAUGGAGCCCGUCUGACACCCCUGUCCAUCCAUCAGCCACCCUGGGGGCUGGGGAGGUGGGGACGGGGGACCCAGGGCCGCAGCGGGGCAGUGCCCCCGCCCCCGACCCCGCUUUCCAGGCUCCACAGAAAGGGAAUGUAUGCGUGAACACCACCACCACCGUCCUUCGUUUUUCUUGUAAGUUUCCUUUUCGCUUGUUUUUUAAGCCAAAACAAAAACCACUGCACACCCUUUCCGUACAUCAUUCUGGCCGUAUCCCAUAGCAAUAUGAUGACACACGGGAGGACUCUGGUUCACAUUCCGGUUUUUAAAUAGUGACAUGAAUUGGUAAAGUGGUUUUAAGAGCUUUCACACGUGAUCAGCUACGAUCUUAGAAAACGACAUCUGGCCCAGGCCAUCGAUUGAAAUGAAAUCGGCCAUUCAAAAAAAAAAAGCACCUUACAUCAUUUUAAAAAAGUUCUCAUUUUCAGAAAUAUGAACAAACUGUCUAAAACCCUUUGAAAAUACUGAGGUUUCCUUUAACAAACUGGGGCCUCUGAAUUUUCCAAAUAUACCAUGGAAGUGAAGUUCAGUUUAAGACCAAACAUCCGGCUAGUAAACGGAAAUGUUUAAAAUAUAUGUAACUUGAACUUUCAUAAAUGUGAAGAUGACCGCUUCUUUUUGUGGCCAGUCAUUACCAGAAGUAUUUCCAUACAGAAUACACAGCAUGGCAUUCAAAAAUGCGUUUCCUGUUGCUUUUAAUUAUUCUGAAAUAUGUGAUUGUAGUGUCUUUAAUUUAAACCACUAUUUAUUAUUAAGUUAUUCUAGAAUGAAUAAAGUAAUCAAAAGAAAGAAAAUCUGAGACAUAAGCAGAAUUGUUACGUGCUUUCUGCAGUCCUUUACGCGCCUCAAAGAAUAGAUCUUAGCUUGUAAAGAUACUCUGGUCAAAGGUCAGGUUGUAAGGAUUCUUCAGUUUGAUUAAAGGCAGUCAACGUGUGUGAUUUAAGGGGGGGGCACAAUGAACAGUGAAUUGCCUUAGCUUUUUUCAAUGAUUUGUUCUCUCACCUAAGGAUACUUGAGGAUCUUCUCUGAUCAGAAUUAUAUUUCACUGAAUUGUUGAAGCAUUUCUGGGUUCUGUUUUUAACCUCACUGUGGAAGCAUUUCUGUAUUUCCCGCGGGGCAGCAGAGACAUGGACUGCACCUUCGUGAGUUACAUCGCAUCGUGUGCACCUUGGUCAUUCCGUGUUGCCAGAGUUAUCAGGUUAACUGCUCACUGGUUGUUUUUUGUUUUUUUGGAGUUACACUACAUGGAAUAGUGUUUCUCAUGUGCCCCUUUUUUUUUCUGUCAAAGGACAGGUAUGAGGGUAACAGGUGGGCUACAUACUCAUAUGUCCUGAGUCUCACUCUGCAGGUGACGGUCAGUACCGCUGCUCCAUCUUUAUUCAUUUACUAUUAAUUUAUGACAACUCAGGGGGAAAAAAUAUAAGAAGCCUAGUUUGGUUACAGGUACACACAAGCUUGAAUAUUUCUCUGCACUGAAAUGAAAGUGGCAUAGUUCAUCACCACCUGCUAGAUUUUUGUAUAGCGUUUCAUCAGCCAUAGAAAGAGGACAAUCUGUAAAACUUGGGUGGGGGAGCGGGGAGGAAGUGACAAAGUGUCUGUCAGAAGCAGACACACCCAGAACAAGGAUGUAGCAGAUCUCUGUCAUUGCCAGAGAAGGACUUGGAGCUUGUGGCACUUUUGCAGACUUCAUGACUUCAGCACUUUACAACAUUUUUUACUAUGAAUGUUCAAUGCAAUUUAAUAUUUACAACUGGUUUCAGAGCGAUCUGCUCAAGACGUCCAUUCAGUUAACUGCAUGGGAAAAAAAAAUGUAUGCCAAUUUCAGUAUGUCAGUAAUCGAGGUUUUAAAUGUUUGGAAGAAAAUGAAAACAGGAUUGCUGAUUUGUUCUGUAUUCUGUGACAUUCUGGUACUUCUAGAUUUGCAAUAAAUGUAUGGC